AUGGCUACAACGUGUGCGCUGCAAUGGCGAAAGAUACCUGUGAGUCUGGCAGAGCUUUCACUGGAUACGACACUGCGCUGUGGGCAAUCCUUCAGGUGGAGAAAGUCCGAGGACAAUGUCUGGUCUUGUGCUCUUCAUGGACGUAUACUUUGUUUAUGCCAGGACUCUACGCAUCUGCACUACAAAGCUAUCUUUCCUAGUAAAGCCCAGGCUCCAUUGACGCCUCCCUCCUCGGCGCCAAAAUCGACGGCAGUAUCCUCGCUCGAAGACGAUGACACUGAAGCCUUGGUGCACCACUACCUCAAUCUCGCUCCGAAUCUGACGGAACUGUACGAGCAAUGGUCGACCGCAGAUGCGAAUUUCAAAAAGAAAGCGCCAAAAUUCACAGGCGUGCGAAUACUGAAGCAGGAUGCUUGGGAGGCAUUGAUUGGCUUCAUCUGUAGCAGCAACAACAACAUAAUAAGGAUAUCCCAGAUGAUGGAGAACCUGUGCCUUCACUAUGGACCUGAAGUCGGCCAUAUCGGCGCAAAAACAUUCCAUGACAUGCCUGCGCCUUCUGCACUUACGGCUCCUGGGGUUGAAGCUCAUCUCCGGCAGCUAGGCUUCGGGUACAGAGCUAAGUACUUACAUCGGACAGCAGUCAUGGUGGCAGAAGAGCAUGGGGCCGGUUGGCUGGACAGUCUGAGGAAUCCUGAAAGCCCUAUUAUGGGUGCCCAGCCUUCCGAUGCUGGUGAGAUGCUGCCAGGUGGAAGGGAGGGAUAUCGCAGGGCUCACGAAGAGCUCUUAACCUUACAAGGAGUAGGACCUAAAGUCGCCGACUGCGUUUGCCUUAUGGGUCUUGGAUGGGGAGAAGCCGUCCCCGUUGAUACACAUGUUUGGCAAAUCGCUCAGCGCGACUACAAAUUCGGCAAAGGGAAGCACAGCAGUCUGACCAAAGCUACCUAUGAUGCUGUUGGUGACAAAUUCCGGGGCCUCUGGGGGAAAGAGGCUGGCUGGGCUCACAGCGUCUUGUUCACCGCGGAUCUAAGAGCGUUCUCAGAAAGACUUACCGCCAAAAUUGAAGUGAAACAGAUCAAGGAAGACGAAGAUGCACUGGUCCUCACAGAGAUUCAAGUUAAAGCUGAGAUUUUGACCCCGAUCAAGGUGAAGCGAGAGUUUAAGGAUGAAGAGAAGCCACUGAUUGCUGUCGAGGCAGUCACAGCAAAGAGACCAGUGAAGCGACAACGAACAACGUGCGCGUAUACAGAAAUAACUCGGUCACCGAUAGAGUAA